UCAUUCGAAAAAUUUGCCAAUUCACGUCUCUUUAUGGCACUCUAAAGCAGUCUCUUCCUCUUUAUUUUGUGAUGCCCUCCACUGAUUCACCCAAACCCUAGCCCCUUCAGAACAUCAAACUUCUCCUUUUGUUCUUCAUUUUAUCUCUUUUACUUGCCCCCUGCACGUUUACAGAAGAAAUCAAGAAACAACGAAAAAAUGCCGGAGUCACGUGACAGACUUGUGAGGCCAGUUGAUAUUGCAACCGUCUUUGCUCAAAGAAGGUCCGGAACUCUCGGAAUCUUCAGAGAUGAACCAGAACAGAGUUCAAAUCAAUUGGCAUCUCCAGUAACUCGAGUGGCUAAUGCGACCGCGGUGCGUCGACAAUCGAUUGGUAGGGGAAGAGGUGGUGGGACCCCGAGAAGCGCGUUUGGCCGUGGAAGAAGAAAUGUGUACGGAUCUACAUGGGCGACACGUGCAUCAACGGGAAGAGAAAAUACGCCUACAGGAAGUGCUCGGAGAGGAUCUUCUGUGUUGCCUGCUUGGUACCCGAGGACGCCUCUAACGGAUAUUACUGCUGUUGUGAGGGCGAUUGAAAGGAGAAGAGCUCGCUUGGGAGAAGUUGAAGGCCCACACAUGGAGAGUCCAAUGUCCCAGGAUCGGAGAGUAGUUGACUCCCCAGAGCCACUGUCAGGUGCUCAGCUCGAGCACAAUACUUCAGUGCUGUCCCCAACUCCAACUUUCCAUGAGAAGCAUUGUCCUCCCUCUGUCGGUAAAGUGCCUAAGAUUUUGCUUGAUAUUACAAAUCAGGCUGGUGGAGAGUUAGAGCCUCUCACACCUCAGAGGAAACUUUUGAACUCAAUUGACAAAGUUGAGAAAGUUGUAAUGGAGGAAUUGAAUAAACUGAAGAGGACCCCAAGUGCUAGGAAAGCUGAGAGGGACAAAAGAGUUCGCACAUUAAUGUCAAUGCGGUGAUUACCCUUAUUCCUCAGCAAUUAUAUUUCGGAGACAGCAGAAGCCAGAAACUGGACAAUCUAAAUUGGGCCCUGCAGUGAGAUUGAUCAUCUUCUGAUGAUCAUUAUUUCUCUUAAGACAUUGGUCAUCCUCUGAUGAUAUCUUGUUUUUGUAUUUUCAAAUUGAUGUUGAAAUGGGUUCAGCUGGCCCCUGCACCGGGAUUUGAUUUUAGCAGUUGACAUGUUGAAGGCUUCGCGAUAAGCAGACACUUUUUGCAGCCUUCAUUCUUUGAAGGUUGUGGGUAUUAUUAAGCUUCAUUCAUUUGAAGGUCCCAGAAGGUUUGCCGGUUUGAUGUACAUAUAGGCCAUAUUUCAGAUUAUGCUAUAUUGCUUCUUGUUACGUUUGCCUUGAUAUAUCAUAAAAUUUCAAAUAUUACAUUCAUA